CAGCUACCUAAAAAGGUCCUCGAGCGUUGACGUACCACGUGACUUAAACAAACAUCACAGUUUCCGGUAAUGAAUUCAGGAGUAUCGUGAGUGUUAAAGUAGUCCAGAGAAGAGGAAGAGGGUGAGGUGGAAGAUGGAGGAUUUCCCCAUCCGGACAAUGGAGAUGGUGUGUUUGGGUUCAAGUGUGGCUCUCUCUGGUCUGUUUUAUUACGUCUACAGGAAGAAACGCAAAACUGUGGACAAACUUAAAGAAGCUCCAGUUUUGCCACUGGAUGAGUUAGCAGAUCUUUUGAAUGCCACACCAGGGAAAUGUCUGCAAUAUGUGGUCAUAGAAGGUACAGUGCAGCCCAUAGGGGAACCAUUAAGGAGUCAGUUUCAAGAAGGUACUGUUGGUGUCAUCCAGAAACUGGUCCUCCGAGAACACAAACUUGUGUGGAACAAUUUAGCACGCACUUGGACAGACAGCGAGCGUGUGCUUCACCAGCGUGUGAAUGCUGUGCCCUUUAACCUGCUGGGUGUGAACAAGGCAUUUGUGCGUGUGCUCUGUCCCCUGGAGGCCACGGGUCCCAAUAUGGAAAUCGUCCAUGAGAAGUUCCACCAGGCCAGUUACGGUUUCACGGACCUGAUCGGUCAGUACCUGAGUGGAGAGAAGCCCAAAGGUCAACUUGAAACAGAGGAGAUGCUGAAAGUGGGCGCGUCUUUGACCGCAGUGGGCGAGCUCAUCCUGGACACAGACCGCCUCCCAAAAAUCCGCCCACCCACCGACGGCUCAGAGUACUUCCUGAGCACGGAUGACUUUGAGACCCUGCAACUGGAGCAGGAAGGGCAAGCGGCGGUGUGGAGGGUGCUGGCGUGUGUUUGCGCGUUGGCAGGUGUGGCUGUUCUGAUGUGGGCAGGACGUAGGUACUAUCAACAGCUGAAGCUACGGUGGGAGCAGGAGAACAUGAGGAGGGAGUUUGAACUGAUGGGCGCAGGAGAACGAGUAGAGGAGGAGAACGGCGUGGACAUACCGGAGAAUGCAUGUGUGAUAUGCCUGAGUAACCCACGAGGCUGCGUGCUGCUGGACUGCGGACACGUGUGCUGCUGUUUCCGCUGCUAUCAGGCCUUGCCACAACCCAUCUGUCCCAUCUGCAGGCAGGACAUUAAACGCGUCGUACCUUUGUAUCAGGCCUAAGAGACAUAUGAACAGUUAUGCUGGAUUUACAUGAUUAACUUUUCGAAACAGCCUUAAACUUUAAAACAAUGUUAUACUGUGAACAGGACACCUGCGAUAGAAGCAACACACAUAUUCCUGAUACGCACUUUAGUUUUACCAUUUUAGUUUUCCAUAUUCCUAUGGAAGCUUAUUUCUUCCACAGAAUAAAAAAUCAAUAAUAUCAAUAAAAAAUCUAUCCAUCUAUCUAUCUAUCUAUCUAUCUAUCUACCUAAUUAUGCUCAGUGGUAUAUUAAUAUAUGUAUAAUAGUAAGUUCAUAUUCUCGAAUCUGACUUAACAAGAUGCUUUCCAACAGUGCUAUUGACAUUUCAACAGUACGAGUAAGCUCAUUUUACACACUGUUAGUCAGUGCAGUUACAUUAUUACGCCAGGAGGUGGCGGCAAGGGACUGUCUUUACGAGUGAGUCAGCUAAUACAUUUAAAAACGCUUCAUUCAUGAAUAAAAUUCAUUUGAAAUUAAUUUAACAUUGAACGCCACUUGAGAAGGCUCAAUCGACGAUCAACGCAUUACAUGGGUAAAGCUGAUGUUUCAUUUCAUAGAGAAGAAUGCCAUUGAUUCAACGCAUUGAACAGCGCUGAAUCAUGGGAAAUCCCCUUAAACACUGAAAGGAUGCUAUGACAAAGAUAUCGCUUUCAUCUUUUGACAACUGAUGGCAAACUGAUUUUUUCCGCAAAAAAUAUGACUUGACUUGAAGGACAGACGCAGAUAGAUGUGCAUACUCAAGACGAUCUCUCUCUCUCUCUGUUCAGUUCAAAUCUACGGAACCUAUGUACAAAUCACAAUGGUACACAGAUGUAAAAAAAAGCCAGUUGGUGUAAAAAAUAUUACUCUCUUCACUCUUGUUAUAAUUAUUAACAUAUUGAACAUUCAAUACACAUGCAUUAAGUGUAAAACAAGAUGGGAAUAGCCUCAUGAAAAAAAAAACGUGAACAUCAUGGUUGUUGAGGUUGCUUGCCAUAUUCUGCGGUUGGCUUGUCAGUAGUGUGAUAUUACAAUAAUGCAGUUAUCACAACAGCUCUUUUAUAUCUCAUAAUUGCACAUUUAAACCCACAAUAAGACUUUUCUUAUCUUGCAAGUUAUAAAAUUGAAAUUCUGAGUUUAUAUCUUGCGAUUCUAAGAAGAAAAAAAAAGGGUCUGAACUGUGAGAUAUAAACUUUGAUAUAAAACUAAGAAAGAAUGUAUGAAUUGUGAGAUUGAGAGAGUCUUAUUUUUUAUUCACUGGUAGAAAUAAGCUUCCAAAUAUCCCUGCUGGUUAAAAUUGAAAGGUCGAGUUCCUCAGAGCUCAAACAUGUCACAUUACAUUAGUUUGGGAUGAAAUAACAUAAAGUCAGCAAAUAUGCUUUGAUAUUUUAGUGAAUAUCCUGAUAAACAGAUGUCUUUGUGUUUGACUUUGUUGAAUUGGUUGAAUGGUUGAAUUUUUUUUUUCAUUAUAAAUGAUGGCUAUAGCUAUACUGUAUUGAAUGGCUGGUACAAAUAAACCUAUAAUCUAAAAUUAAAAUGUAGUUUAAUAUGGUAAGCUUAGUGCCUUAAUUUAUGAAUGAGUAGAAUACUGAAUUUAUGAAUGCUGCACUGGGGAGUUUGUUUGUUUUUGAGUUUUUGAUUUCCUUUAAGUCCUAAUUUUAAGCUUGUCAUGUAAAGUUCUGGACUACUUUGUUUGGUCAAUAAACACUGUUGUGUACUCGCUGUU